AUGCCUGAGGGUCAACCCGAGCCCGAACCCUCUAUCAGUAAAUGGUUCGAAGAUUCGCAUCCAGGUGAUAUCAAUUAUGAAAAUAAUCGCAGAGGUCCGACAGCUCGUUUCACACAUCGAACACCUCCAUAUAGAGGUGGAAACUUAGACCGUGGCCGUGGUCGUGGCAGUCCUUGGCAACAGCGAAAUUUCAACUUCCAAAGUGGAAAUAUCUACAUACCAACAAACCAAUUUGGUCUGCAAGUAAUCGUAUUUGGCCCAAAUAAUGUGCCACCACCACCACCUGGAUUUCCACAAGGCUAUUGGAACCGAAACACACCUUCUCAACAAUCGAAUCCACUCAAACGUGGAAGUGAGUCUCAGGACCCUUAUCCAGAUCGAAAAAAUAUCAAUCGAUCAGGCUCACCAAAACGCAAUCACCUCGGAGCCAAUAUGUAUGCACCACGUGCCCAGCAAUCGCAGCCAAGUACAUCUAUAUUCGCCAACUUUAAGCCUGGUAAUCCCAAUCCUGGAUCACAGCAAAGGCCUCCAAUAAAACAGGAAUCUAAAUUUGGUGGCUUCAAUCGCCUUACGGGUAGUGCUCACUGGACAACCGCCAAGGUAUUGCCUAAAGAGGAAUCGAUAUUCGGUGGUUAUGAUCGUUUUGCGGGUAAUGCUCACUUGGGUUCACUACAACCUCACCAAUCACAACCAAGAUUACCAAUAAAACAGGAAUCCAAGUUUGAUGGCGCCAAUGGCUGCAUUGUACAGCAGCCAAAUGUACUUCUGAACGCAGUAACUACUACAUUGACAGAUUCACGGAGCGUAGUAAAUCAGUUGUCAGACACUUAUCGCCAACCACGUAUGAGCCAUUCUGGAGCACCACACCAGCCUGAACGAGCACUUGAUAACAUGAUCAAAAACGAGGAGGAAGAAGAGCCUUCUCAACCUUCUACCUCAAUCCCGAGGCCACCUAAGCCUGUCGUCAUCGUUACCGGAAACCUUCUUGGUGAUCCAAGUUCGCCAAAGGGUUUGAAAGAUCGUGCUAAAACAGAAGCAAUUUGCGAGAAAGCUGAGGGUCCCUUACCCCCAACCAUUCAGCCGAAGAUAUUGCCUAAUGGUAGAAAAGCUGGUGUUUUUAUCGAUCAAGAAAAGAAAUUCCGGACCACUGGAGUGUAUCAAUACUUCGAUCCGGGUUGCUUCAACUGUGGCAGUAGUGAUCAUGAGGGCUCGAUGUGUAAGGAGGGCUGCUAUCGAUGUGGGAAGGACCAUCAGCUUCCACAGUGUCCAUACAACAUGUGA